UGUAGAAAUGACAACCUCUGCUGCUUGGGUCCAUGAACAACCACACCCAUUCAUGACACAGACAGGACUGUUAAGGAAGGAAGAGGAAAUGCUGCGAGGCUUCGGACCCCAAACCGACCAUCGCACCUUCGAGCCCACGCUAAAGAGAAUGGAAACGGGCCGUCCCGGCAGGCGGUCUACCCGCUGCCUCCGUCCCAGCUCUGCCACUUACUUAGGCAGCUUACACAACCUCUCGGUGCCUCAGUUCUACGGCCCUAAAAUGAAGCCGGAUGCUGACAGGAAGAUGCAUUCUCAGCUGUACCUCAUUCCACAAGAACUUUCUUUGCCUGAUCUGAAGCUUGAAUCAGACAGUGAGAUAAUACACCAUGUGAUCAGAAAUCUCAUCGCCCCCAGCGAUCUUGAAGAACGGCUAAUGGAAUAUGUCUUAGCUGAGUUGGAGGAGAUGCCAGCAGGAUCCCAACACGGCAGCUCGAUGAAGGAAUGCAGAGAUACCGUUAGCAGGUGCCCUAAGAUUGCAAGUAGCCACAACGGCAGCGGGGACGGCGGUGCCGCCGCGCCGAGCUCCCGACCCCGAGAUUUCUUGUACGUGGGGGUGAUGACCGCGCAGAAGUACCUGGGCAGCCGCGCGCUGGCGGCGCAGCGGACCUGGGCGCGCUUCAUCCCCGGCCGCGUGGAGUUUUUUUCCAGCCAGCAGCCUCCCAACGCNGGCCAGCCCCCGCCGCCCCUGCCUGUCAUCGAGCUGCCGGGGGUGGACGACUCCUACCCGCCCCAGAAAAAGUCCUUCAUGAUGAUCAAGUACAUGCACGACCACUACCUGGACAAGUACGAGUGGUUCAUGCGCGCCGACGACGACGUCUACAUCAAAGGUGACAAGUUAGAAGAGUUUCUUCGAUCACUGAAUAGCAGCAAGCCCCUCUACCUGGGCCAGACGGGCCUGGGUAACAUUGAAGAACUAGGAAAGCUGGGCCUGGAGCCCGGGGAGAACUUCUGUAUGGGAGGACCUGGCAUGAUCUUCAGUCGAGAGGUCCUCAGGAGGAUGGUGCCGCAUAUUGGCGAAUGCCUCAGAGAAAUGUACACGACACACGAAGAUGUGGAAGUCGGAAGAUGUGUUCGACGGUUCGGUGGGACCCAGUGUGUCUGGUCUUAUGAGAUGCAGCAACUGUUCCAUGAAAAUUAUGAACACAAUCGAAAGGGUUACAUUCAAGACCUUCACAACAGCAAAAUCCAUGCAGCCAUAACACUUCAUCCCAACAAAAGGCCUGCCUACCAGUACAGGCUUCAUAAUUACAUGCUGAGCCGCAAAAUUUCUGAACUUCGCUACCGCACCAUCCAGCUCCACCGGGAGAGCGCGCUGAUGAGCAGGCUCAGUAACAGUGAGGUGAGCAAAGAGGACCAGCAGCUGGGAGUGAUGCCUUCUUUCAACCACUUCCAGCCUCGGGAGAGAGACGAGGUGAUCGAAUGGGAGUUCCUGACAGGCAAGCUCCUUUACUCGGCAUCUGAGAACCAGCCUCCUCGACAGAGCAUCAGCAGCAUCCUCAGAACGGCGCUGGAUGACACGGUCCUGCAGGUGAUGGAGAUGAUCAAUGAGAACGCCAAGAGCCGGGGACGGCUCAUUGACUUCAAGGAGAUUCAGUAUGGCUACCGCAGGGUUGAUCCCAUGCACGGGGUGGAGUACAUUUUGGAUUUACUCCUCUUGUACAAAAGACACAAGGGGAGGAAACUGACUGUGCCAGUGAGACGUCAUGCCUACCUUCAGCAGUUAUUCAGCAAGCCUUUCUUUAGAGAAACUGAAGAGCUGGACGUUAGCAGUCUUGUGGAGAGUAUUAACAGUGACACUCAGUCAUUUUCCUUCAUAUCUAAUUCUUUAAAGAUACUAUCCUCUUUUCAAGGUGCCAAAGAAAUGGGAGGGCGCAAUGAAAAGAAAAUACACAUUCUUGUUCCUCUCAUUGGAAGGUAUGACAUUUUCUUGAGGUUCAUGGAGAACUUUGAAAAUACUUGUCUUAUCCCAAAGCAGAAUGUAAGACUGGUCAUCAUUCUUUUCAGUAGGGAUUCUGGCCAGGAUUCCAACAAGCAUAUGGAGCUGAUAAAAGACUAUCAGAACAAGUACCCUAAAGCAGAAAUGACCCUGAUCCCCAUGAAGGGAGAGUUUUCAAGAGGUCUUGGUCUUGAAAUGGCUUCUUCCCAGUUUGACAAUGAUACUUUGCUGCUAUUUUGUGAUGUCGACUUGAUCUUCAGAGGAGACUUUCUCCAACGAUGUAGAGACAAUACAAUUCAGGGACAACAGGUGUACUACCCCAUCAUCUUUAGCCAGUAUGAUCCAAAGGUAACUAGUGCAGGAAAUCCUCCCACUGAUGAUGAUUUUGUCUUCUCAAAGAAGACUGGAUUUUGGAGAGACUAUGGAUAUGGAAUUACCUGUAUUUAUAAAAGUGAUCUUCUGGGUGCAGGUGGAUUUGAUACCUCAAUACAGGGCUGGGGCCUAGAAGAUGUAGAUCUCUACAAUAAAGUUAUCCAAUCCGGCUUAAGGCCCUUCAGAAGUCAAGAAGUAGGAGUGGUGCAUAUUUUCCAUCCAGUUCAUUGUGACCCUAACUUGGAUCCUAAGCAGUAUAAGAUGUGCUUGGGAUCCAAGGCAAGUACUUUUGCCUCAACCAUGCAACUGGCUGAACUCUGGUUGGAAAAACAUUUGGGUGUCAGGUACAAUCGAACUCUCUCCUGACAGUCCAGGCAGCGCAUAUUGCCUUUUUAAAGGGGAGUUUACCUCAUUGUCGGUGUUAUUAUUUUUAUUUUAUUAUUGUUAUUUUUAUUAUUAUAAUUAUUAUUGUCAUAAUUUUAUUUUGUUGUCCUGGUCUUAAACAGCUCUUGGUUGUCUUUCAAGGGGUGUUUGUUGACCUCAAGCAAGAAGAGUCUGCAAUUCACUGAUUUUUCAGAUUUCUACUGAAGUCAAUAUAUGUAUUACUUUUAUAUAUCUUUAUUUGAGAUUGAGUUAAAUCGUGGCAAUCAAAUGACUUUUGAAGUUCAUUCAUCAUGAGAGACAGCUUAGAAGAAUGUUCUCUUGGGCUUACAGAUGCAAUAUCAACUUUUAUUAUGUUCGUGAAAUUCAAUGUGAUACAAAUAUUUACUGGUGAAAGGUACCACAAAAGUGCUUUAUGCUUCCUAUGGGGAAGGGACUCUGUAACAUAAACUUGAGUUUUGUAAUUUAUACAAGGACUUAAAUAUAUAGACAAUAAUUUUCUUCAUCUUUAGAAUUUUUAAAGUAAAUGAACACUUAUGAUUGUAUGUUUAUUUUUUAAAAAGAAGUUUUAAAAAUUGAGGAGUUUUGUUCCACAAGCAACCGGUACUGGCUACCCUGGUCUUAAGAAAAUUAUGUACUCCUCACAACUGUCUGCUAUAAAUGCGAAUGAACUUUAUUUUCUCAAGGAAAUAUGAUUUAAUCAAAUGUUCAUGUACAUUUUAGAAGCUUUAUGAAACAAUGUCCUUCAUUUGCUGGCAAGAAGAUAAAAAUGACAGAACCUGGUUAUUUAUAAUAAAACACAGGUAUAACAGUAUCCUUUUUCAAAAACACUGAAAAA